AUGGCUGUGCCCUUCCCACCGCUCCAGACGUCUCAAGGCGCCCACACGAUUGACAUAAAGGUUUUGGACAUGGUGAACCCUCACCUGUAUGAUUACGCAAUCUGUACCGAUUGUGAUGCAUGCUCAGGGUCGAAUGACACGCUCAGCCAGCAUCAAAGCCAGUUCACAGGUGAAGAAUCACGUCAACAUCCCGAAUGUGGAAGGGAAUUCUUCCAGAAGAACAACUAUAUUGCCAAGUCCGGAAAGACUGGUUCCCUGGUGCCGGUUUCCACCAGCCGCAAUGACGCAACCGCAAAUACCGGUAGCGCGGGUGUGGACGGAUCCACACUCUCAUUAAAAGGCCGCGCAAGGAUUCCAGAUGGCACCAGCAAAGGCGAGCGCAAGACGGUCGACGCCGGAGGCAAGGCUUGUCGCUUGUGCAGGAGGUUUCUUUUUAGCCGCUUUCAUCAAUACAGAAGACACCUGGCCGUGCACGCGUACGAGGAAUCGGUCGCCGAGGAGCGUGGGGAAUCCAAGGCGUCGGAGGACACACUUGACAAGCACGAACGGCGACACAAGGACACGGCUGAGGAAGCAAGCGCCGGUUCUUCAGUUGCACCGCAGCCCAUCAGCAGAGGCCCCGCAAUGCCUGACCCAAGCCCGGUCGGAGGGGAGGUUUCGAGCACAUCUGAAGACGGCGCAAGGAAAGCUAUCGGGGAAAGAAGCCGGCAAUGCGCCUGCGACGUCUGCAGCAAAGUUUUCGUCUGCCAGUACCGCUUCCACCUUGGACUCCCCCCGGGAAUGGGAGAUGGCGGUCACAUUUGCCCAGAAUGCCUCGAUAUAUUUGCGCAAAUGGCCCGUUUGCACGUGAACCGACGCGCGUACACGGGAUAGAAACACUGCGCCUGUCAUGAACGUCCUAAUUCCUUUUGCAAACAAGCUUCAUCUCAACAAGCAUAUCCGCACUCCACACUGGUGGAAUACGUCCCACGUAUCUGAAGAUAACGAGAGAAAAAAAAGGGCAUUGGAAAACAAAACAAAUUUUGUAUAACCUGACCGGAAAUUGUGAAGUCCAUAUCACCAUAUGAAGUGCAGCUUUGGCAUUGAUUGAAAACUAAAAAAAGAGAACCUUCGACAGGCAUAUGACGUGGAAACAUUGAUUUCUCUCUGCACCGCCGCUUAACCUUCCGUGCGCACGGUUUUGGAGUGGCCGAUAGAGAGCCCGCAAUGGCGAAGCCUAAGUUUUUGUCGUCAGUGGUUGGUGUCAGUGGUGACGGGAGGAAUGCGUGCCACGGGGGCUCGCUCUGUGUAGACGCUGCGCAGACGCGAACGAGAACCGCAGCAUGACUUG